AUGGAGAAAGAAAAAGAAACUCAGUAUGUUUACACAAAAAAUCGAGGACAAUUUGGGAGAUGGUGUAAUUUUACGGAACAAGAUAAAGUGGAAGUUGAUAUAAAACCUGAUAAAAGUCUAAUGAAUAAUUUUAUUCGACUUGAUCCAGUAACUGCAGGUACUCAAUGCAGUAAGACAUUUGCAGCCCAUGAGAUAAAUACAACAACUGCGACUUUCAAGGAGUCGGGAAUGCAUCAUGUUGAAGGUGGAUGGCCAAAGGAUAUAAAUAUGCAUGAUUUAGAACAAACAGUUCGAUACAGGCGUAAAGUAGAAAAAGAUGAGCUGUACAUUCAUACUAUGCUUCAAUUAUUACCAGGCAUGGAGCAUUGUAUUCUUCAAAAUAAUGCAUGCAAUAUUUAUGAACAAUAUUUUGAUGAUACAGAAGCAGUUCCUUUAAUACGUAGGGCAUUUUCUAGAACCGUUAACGUUUAUCGUGACCCGAUUCCUCUAAAACGUCCUAUUACUCAUCUUUCAUGGUCUCCAGAUCAAGGAACACGAAUGGCAGUCAGCUAUUGCAAUAUAGACUUCAAGAAAUCUUCAAUCCACAGUAAUUUUUCAUACAUUUGGGAUAUAGAAAAUCCCAACAAUCCUUUUGUGACAUUCAAGCCUUUUUGUCCUAUUGCUUCAAUGGAAUACAAUCCUAAAGACAGCAAUACCUUGGUAAGUGGAUUGACGACAGGUCAAGUAGCUUGUUGGGAUAUCAGACGAGGCUGUGAACCCGUAGAAACUAGUAUGAUUGAAAACAGUCAUCUAGACGUUUGCAGUAAAGUCCUUUGGAUCAAUUCCAAAACUGGUACAGAAUUUUUCAGCUCAUCAAAAGAUGGACAAAUAAAAUGGUGGGAUACAAGGAAACUCCAAGUACCUAUGGAUACUUUGGUAGUUGAUCUAUCAAAACCAGAAGAACAGGACAUAGAUCGAGCAACCGGAGUCACGGCCUUACAAUUUGAACCAUCUAUUGGAACGAGGUUUAUGUGUGGUUUAAAAAAUGGUACUGUUAUUUCUGGUAAUCGUAAAGGAAAGACACCUGGAGAAAAAAUGGCUAUUAGAUUUAGGGCUCAGUACGGACCAGUGAUCAGUGUCGAAAGGAAUCCAACUUUUGUGAAAAAUUUUUUGACUGUUGGUGAUUGGACUGCACGACUCUGGUCAGAAGACUGUAGAGAAUCUUGUAUAUGUUGGACUCCAGGUCAUCGUGAGCUUCUGACUGGAGGUACUUGGAGUACCACAAGAUUUUCAGUUUUUUUUUUAACCAAGCUAGAUGGUACUUUAGAUGUUUGGGAUUUACUUGUUCAACAAAAUGCUCCAGCUUUGAGUAUAAAAGUUUGCGAUGAAGCUUUAACUUGUGUUAAACCUCACGAGCAAGGCCAACUAGCAGCGGUUGCGGGGAAAAAUGGAACAACUUACUUAUUAGAAUUUUCUGAGACUCUUACUGUCAAUCAAAAAAAUGACAAACUAUUAUUCACUGCUCUUUUAGAACGAGAGACACGAAGAGAAAAAGUGAUAGAAGCAAGGAACCGUGAAACGCGUUUGAAAAUGAGAUCAGUGAAAGUCGAAAUUGAUCCCGAGCUUCAAGGAGUCAGUUCAAAAUCUAAAAAAAAGGUAUCAUUACCACCCGACCCUCAAAACCCUGCAAUUCUUCAAAGUGAAAACGAAUAUGAAGUUGCACUAGAAGCGGAAAUAGCAAGGUACGCAUCAAUGGAGGAAAAUGAAGUAAAUAAUAAUCAUCUGCCUAAUGAAGUAAAUGGAGUGACACCGGUAAUAUGAACUUUAAG